GAUGACAUCGAAGAGAGACGUUCUUCCCAUGGAAGUUAUGGGAUACGAUUUCGGAUAUAUUAUUUACAGGACAACAUUUAUGAGAGGAAAGGAAAUGAACUUUAUCGGGGCCCUUCAUGAUUACGGUUUAGUUAUUAUAAACAACAAAACGUUACAAAAAGUUGACAACAUUGUAGCAAUACUUAGUAAACCCGUAAGACUGGACAAAGUGACUUUGGAGAAGAGUAACAUUUUAGAUAUAUUUAUUGAAAAUUGCGGAAGAGUUUACGCACCAUCAAGAUUGAACGAUCAAAGGAAAGGCUUAAGAGGUCGUGUAUUAAUUAACAACGUGCAAUUAAUUGGUUAUAAGAUAGGAAACUUGAAUUUUAACGAGGUUGGAUUUUUUUGUGUGGUGUUUAUUAUUUAA